AUGAUGUUAAAGGAUACAGGCAUCCAAAAGAAUAGUGAGCGUAAAAAGAAAUUAAAACGCCUGAAAAAAUCACGUACUCAUAUCCCAUCUGCUUCAAUCAUCUCACAUCAAAAACCACCGGCAGAUUCAGAUAUAUCAAAUAAAAUAAACGAUUGCGGGGAAGCCGAAGCCUCGGAAAAAGAUCAUGAGCAUCCAAUAUUACAGCCUCGGCUAAAAUCUGUCCAUGUCAAUCUUAAUCAAGAUAAUCGAAUAGCAAAUCUCGAACGUAAAUAUUCUGGGAAGAAAACUUUUUCAGCAAGCUCAAAAUUUACAGGUGCUGGUAAAAGGAAAUCAAAGGAUGCAAAUCAAGAGUGCGCUAUCGAAACCUUGAGAACUUCUAGUCCAAAGUUAGAUAAGAUACUCUCUAAUCUUGGCACUCUAUUUACAUCAAAAAAAGAUGAGCUUGGUAAAAGAGAAAUAUCUCAUCAGGAACCAGCUACCUCAGAAUCAGGAACCUCAGGUAAGACGAGAGAUACGACAACUCCCGAAGAACCUGACUCUGAAGGGACCCAUCACAACAAAACACAUAAAUUUUUAAAAGAGAGGCUAGAGGUAGAAAAUCUACGAGAUGUGGAACGUAAGAGAAAAAGAGUUGUACCUGUUGCUAUCCAAUCAGAUCACAGAAACUCCAAGAAGAUCCAGAAACCUCAAAAAUCUCUUAUUUACACCGCCCAAAAAAAGAGGAGUCCGGCUAUAGAGCAAGAAUAUGUCCUUCACAAAAAUUAA